AUGUCUGGAGGACCAAGUAGAGACAAAGAUAAAGGGAGAAAAUGGGAAUCCGGAGCAUUAAAAAGAAAAAGAAAGGUUGAAGCUGUUGUAUCCAACCAAGCUCUAAGUGUGUCGAGUGUCACUGCUUCAGAGUCAUCUGAUGAAACUUUAGUUUCUGAGCCAGUAUCAGAGUCAAAUGAAUCUUUUUUUGGAAGUUCUGAUAUAGUUUUACCUGCAACAUCGAGCGAACCUACUAUGAUCCAAAUGUCGGAACCCAAUAUAGAGUUACAAAGUAAAACGUUGUGUGACUCAGAAAAUCAAGUGGAAGGAGUUCAUUUAAGAGAGUCAUUUAUAGACUUAGAUCCAGGAAAGUGGAUAUUUCCAGUAAACGAUUCGCAGCGUCAUGACCUAAUUCAAAACGGAUCCAAUCAAGAUCUAGAGAAAUCUGAUGACAGUUACCCAAAAGGCGAAAAUAAAAGACAUUUUUCUAAAUUUCAUUUCACUUGA